UCGAGGGAUUCACCUGUACUAGAAAAUUGUACAGAUACCAAUAUAUUCACCCCUUUUUUUUGUGUGUGUGUAUGUACACAAAAACUUGAUGAUAGUAAUAAUAGAGUUAAUGGAAUUUUAGUUUUCGUGUGUUAUUUACUAGUGAAGAUUUUUUUAUUACUAUUAAAUAAUAGAAAAAAACUAUUGUUACCCUAAUUAACUUAAAAUGAUAAAUCGCUAUUGUUAAACUGCGAAGGAUAAAACUAGUUCAUUACGUUAAACCUAUUCGAGUAAGGAUCUUAACCCCUUUAUGGUUGCGAAAUUCUCUCCUGGCAGGAAGUUAAUGAGAAGUUUACACAAAAGUCCUCAAGGUUAAUGGAAAAUAGUAUCCUGCUCUUGGAAGUAACUGGCCUUAGCCCCAGAGUAGAAAUUGUUGAUACAUCUGAGAUGACCUUUCCUUAUAGAAAUUCACUCUAUUUUGCCUUCGACUGCUAGAAUUCACGUUGAGAUAAACGUAACUAGCGUAUCGUAGUUACUCCCUUCAUUCUUUAAAUAAUUGAUGCCGAGGUUAUUUUCUUCGCUAUAAAGCUAUAAAGUUUAUAUAUCAUGGACGUAAGAUGUUCUUUCGCUACUAUAAUUUUAUAUUAUUUCUACAUUUUCAUCUUUCUAUACACGUACACAGAUUCAUCGGACGUUCAACAUAAAUCUAUGAUACAAAAACUUCGUAAAGAUUUACUAAAAAAUUACGAUAAAAUCGCUCGUCCCGUAUUAGAUGAUUCGAAUGCUACUACAUUAUAUUUUGGUUUAAUACCCAUUUAUCUAUCAGAAAUAAAUGAAGAGAAGAAUUAUAUGAAAUUAGAAGCUUGGUUACAAUUAGCGUGGACCGAUCAGCAUCUUGUGUGGCAACCGGAAAAUUAUUCGGGAAUUGAAUUAAUUCAUUUUGAAUCGAGCGAAAUAUGGGUACCAGAUAUAUCAAUUUAUUCCAGUAUGCCCGUGACCGAAAUUAUGCCGAAUGUCGAGACAAAAGUUCUUUCUUUUAAUGGAGGAACAAUUAUGUGGGUACCAACUAUAACAAUAUAUUCCUAUUGCGAAAUUAAAUAUAAAAAUUAUCCCAACGAUAUUCAAGAAUGUAACAUUACUUUUGGUUCGUGGACUCAUCACGGAUGGGCCUUAGAAAUGGAACUUGCAUCAAAGACAAUUAAAUUAAGUGAUUUUCAUAAUACUAAUCCACUUUGGAUGUUAAUAGACACGUCUGUAGAGAAGGAAAUUAAAAAAUAUUCUUGUUGUCCCGAACCUUAUCCCAGCAUUAUAACAACUUUUAAAUUCAAAAGAACACAUUUUUCAGAUUACGGUUCGAUAAUUUGGUGUCCUUCUUUAAUUGCUAUAAUAUUUACUUUAAUUAUGUUUUGGAUAUCUUUUAAUUUACUUUAUAAACUCAUUUUGGGAUGCACAUCAGUAAUCAUUCUAACCGUAUUGCUCCUGUAUCUUAAUGAGUUUCGUUCUUCCCCCGUUGCAACUGUUCUAUCAGCUCAAACAAUUCAUUCAACCAUAUUUAUCGUGGCUUCUGCAAUGCUGAUGGAGUUCUUCAUCAUUAGUUUGAGGUACAUUUCUGGAAGCUUUCGACCACCUUCUGCAGUUAUAUAUUGUCUGUCGGGUAUCGUUGGGAAAAUCAUGUUGAUUAAAAUUCCCAGAAAAUGUUUCGGAAUUAUUCAUAAAACAGAAGAGAAUAGAGAAUUUAUGUCCGAGAAUUACAGUGAAGAAUGGCUUCUCGUUUCUAUUGCGUUAGAAAGAAUUUGUUUUUUAAUUUAUCUUUUAGUUUUUAUUGUGCAUAAAAGUAUAUGAAUAGUACACAUCGUACAACAAUUAAAAUAUUGUAAAGUAAUAUAUAUAUAUACAGUAAAACCUGUCAAAAACGGAACCUUACGUGUUAUAAACAUUCGAUAAAUAAUGUUCUAGCAUGUUACACUUUUAAUUAAACAACUCGAAGCUUGUGUCUAUUGCUUUGUAUAUAUUGUUUUUCGUUUAAAUGGCUUUACAAUAUGCAUAAUAAUUUGUAAAACGACGUCAGAAAAGUAAACAUAAAUUACAGCUUUUUUUUUUACAAGGUAUCACGAACGUGUUUCAAACGAUAGAAAUUCUAUACAGCAUCUUUUAUAGGAUAACACUGUAGAUUUAAUCAAUAAUACUGUACUAUUAAUAAUUGAGUUUUUAUAUACAAGCAAUAAAUAUUUAAUGCUGUAAAUUCUUUAUGUAUAAUAUAGAAUUUACUUUUUUAUCGUGCAAAUCGUCCACAACCUAACCUACCCAAAUUGGAAAGAUCCCUGAAUAGACAUUUAAGUGAACACCAUGUACGAAUAAAUAAAAUUUAAAAAAUGAGUGAAGAAGUUAAGAGCGUUAUUAUAUUGCUGUUUUAUUACUAAACAAUAUAAUAAAUGAAAUAAUAUAUUUAUUAAAUUAAUAAUUUCUGUGAAAAAGAAUCAUCUGUCUCUAGUUGGAAUUUGAAAAAGGAUGAAGAUUUAAAUCAACCCAAAAAUUAUUUAUUUGGUCAUUAUUAUUUAAAUAUACAAAAUUAUUUUGUUUCUAUCUGUGUUAGAAACGUUCGUUCACAAAUUAUUAUUAUUAUUAUUAUUUUGUUUCUUUUAUAACGAAUAAUUUGAGUUGAUUACCAAGUACAGAAACAUGGUAAAAUUUCACUAUACAGUAAACACCCCGCAACUCGUACUUCGCAUAACUCCGACAGAAUGUUUCUAAAAAUUGUAGAGUAAUUUAAUAUUUCUUGACAAUAAAGAAGUAUUAUUAACGAGUGUUUUCGUUAUCUGGAAGUCUUUGCGAUACCGUGCAUUAGUCUACAUUAUUGUAGUCGGUAUGUUACUAAAGACUUUACUAUUAUGAAAUGUUUUGAACUCAUUCCCUGUAAUAAUAAAUUCAGCGGUAUAAUCUCAAUAAAACCUCUGUAUAUAGCCAAUUAUUUCUCGUUAACACCUC